ACCACCAACACAAACACACACUAUACCCUCCAAAUUCACAUUCCAAAAGUGAUUCCUUCCCUUCUUUUCCUUCUUUGUGUUCCUCAAACACAUGAGUGUAAGAGGAGCUAGAGAAAACAAUAACAAAAACAAAAACAAAAACAAAACACAAUGGAGAGCCAAGAUCAUCUUACACCAUCACACGUGGAUGCAUCUCGACCAUCCCUUGGUUUCCCUUUGGGCACUGCCCUUCUCUUGAUCAUCAUUUUUAGCUUGAGUGGUAUCCUCUCUUGUUGCUACCAUUGGGACAAAGUUCGUUCCUUACGCCAAUCUUUUUCAGAUUCUGAUCCUCAAAGUCAUUCAUCAAAUAAAUCUAAACUUUACUCCACCGAAUUGAAGCAAAACAGAGGAGAAAGUUUUUCAGUGAUGAUGCCAGGGGAUGAUGUGCCAAAGUUCAUAGCGAUGCCAUGUCCGUGUCAACCGUCACGGCCGGAAAACAUUGUUGUGACUGUCGAGAAGCCGCCGCCACCGCUAAAGCCACCGCAACUACCGAUUCCUUUGUAUUUGUAAAUAAUUAGUCGUGUUGUGUUACAACUCUUCUCAUCAUAUGUUGCCACCGUUUUGUUGUAUCAAUGUAUCUAUGUUUUUAUCAUUUUCCUAGGAAAUUGUUUUUGAGUAAAAAAUGGUGGUGACAUGUUUUUUGUGAAGAAAAUGGUGGUAACAUUUUAUGAGAAUUAGAAGAGCUUGAGAAGAAAAAAUGAGCAAAAAAAAAGGGAUAGGUUAGGUAGAAGGUCUUAGUAGGUUUUGAUUACUAUUACAUUUCAUUCUAUUCAAUCCUUGUGUUUUGGUAUGUAAUGUAACUAUUAAUUAAAGAGCUCUUAAUGAUUUCUAUA